UAAUAAAACGUAUAAUUUGAUUUCUAUGAACUCAAAAUGAUUUAUAUAUAUGUGAGUAGCAUUGAUCUGCCGACAAGAUCACAUAUCAGUUGCAGUGAAGAGAAAUGUUUCAGAAAACAAACAGCUUCUUUCAUAGAACACUUCACAGUCUCAAGUCCAUCUUUCUCCGAGUAAGUAAGAAACUCCCUAGACCAAAAUCUCACUUGUCUUGCACAUUUUGCAGAUCAAAUUCUCUCGAUGGAGACAAUAUUUACGCAAGUUUCCUCAACAUCUGGGAGUCUGAUCUGGAAAACAGCAUUGGAGGUCCAUUAAUGUUGGAGCACGAGGUUCAAGAGCAAGAACAAGAUCAUCACGAGAAGAAAACAGAAGCUUGCUCUUUGCGUUCAUCGAGAGACUGCGAUACAAUGGAGAGGAAGAUUAGCGAGAUGUAUAUGACUGAGACAGGAGAUAUAGAGCAAGCCCUUGACGUCGAAGAGGCACUUCAUUACUAUUCUCGUAUUAGAAGUCCCGUGUAUCUCAACAUCGUUGACAAGUUCUUCUGUGAUCUCUACUCGUAACCUAUCCAAACGUUUUAAAGCCAUUAAAAUCUUUGUUUUAUCGUAUUCUUGAUUUGUUUGGCUUUUAGUAUUCUCUUCUUGUUCAUUUGUUUCAUGUUUUACCAGCAUCAUCAGAUGGUUAAUCGUCGUUUAUCAAU